UGGGUAUGGGCUGCGCGCGCGGUGUGGGAUACGCCUGCGCUCCUGCCCGCCCCAGGCCUCAGUCUCCCGGCGUGUGGAGGGGAAGGGGUCCCCAGGGCGCCCUCCCGCGGGUCGCCUCCCGGGGGCCAGGCGGGAGCCUCUAGCAGCCCUGCAAUAGAGAGGCUGAGCCCCGCGGUAGGGGUGGGGCAGGCGGGCGGGAACUCCUGAGCAAACACGGAAACGUCAGGCGGUGAGAAGUGCCACGAGGACAGGGAGGGGAGCCUCGGGAAAAGGGUCGGCCCAGCGAAGGCAGACGGAGCAGAAGGAACUGCAAGUGCCGAGAAGGACCAGGACUUGGAGCAGACCCGGGGACCCAGAGCUCUACAUCCAGCCCCCCAUGGAACUGGCCAGCUCAGGCCACCAGCCCCUUAGGUGAGGACCCACCUGGGGCUCUGUCGACCCUUCUGAAUCAUGGAGACAAAGAGAGCUCUUCCAGCCAGGGGACCUGUCUGUUGAAAGUCGUGGUCCAGUUCAUCUUCCUUCCUGUGAACUGUCUGCAAGAGGGUGCCGGUCCCUGCUGGCCAGGAGCUGGGCACUGCAGCCUCCCCGAAUGGGGCGCUGGGCCCUUGACCUGGCCUUUGUGUGGAAGGCGGUGUUCACCCUGGGGCUGGUUCUUCUCUACUACUGCUUCUCCAUCGGCAUCACCUUCUACAACAAAUGGCUGACGAAGGUGAGACCCCUGUGCACUGCCAACUACAAGCUCUGCCCGCUGGCACCAGAUAGAGGGAGGAAGCAAGGCAAGGAGGGCCAGGCCAUCUGCAUCAAGCUCAACCCUUGCUUUGGGCUCCCACAGAGCUUCCACUUCCCCCUCUUCAUGACAAUGCUGCACCUGGCUGUGAUCUUCCUCUUCUCCGCCCUGUCCAGGGCGCUGGUUCAGUGCUCCAGCCACAGGGCCCGAGUGGUGCUGAGCUGGACCGACUACCUCAGAAGAGUGGCCCCCACAGCACUGGCGACAGCACUGGACGUGGGCUUGUCCAACUGGAGCUUCCUCUACAUCACUGUCUCGCUGUACACAAUGACCAAAUCCUCAGCCGUCCUCUUCAUCUUGAUCUUCUCUCUGAUCUUCAAGCUGGAGGAGCUGCGUGCAGCACUGGUCCUGGUGGUCCUGCUCAUUGCUGGAGGCCUCUUCAUGUUCACCUACAAGUCUACCCAGUUCAACGUGGAGGGCUUUGCCUUGGUGCUGGCAGCCUCGUUCAUUGGUGGCAUUCGCUGGACCCUCACCCAGAUGCUCCUGCAGAAGGCCGAGCUGGGCCUCCAGAACCCCAUCGACACUAUGUUCCACCUGCAGCCACUCAUGUUUCUAGGGCUCUUCCCUCUCUUUGCUGUAUUUGAAGGUCUCCAUUUGUCCACGUCUGAGAAAAUCUUCCGUUUCCAGGACACAGGGCUGCUCCUGCGGGUGCUCGGGAGCCUCUUCCUUGGCGGGAUUCUUGCCUUUGGAUUGGGCUUUUCUGAGUUCCUCCUGGUCUCCAGAACCUCCAGCCUCACACUCUCCAUUGCUGGCAUUUUCAAGGAGGUCUGCACUUUGUUGCUGGCAGCUCACCUGCUGGGCGAUCACAUCACCCUGGUGAACUGGCUGGGCUUUGCCCUCUGCCUUUCGGGAAUAUCCUUACACGUGGCCCUCAAAGUCCUGCACUCCAGAGGUAGCAGUGGCUCUAAACCUCUGAAGAGUUUGGGCUCCAGCCCUGACAUGGAGCUGCUGCUUCGGACCAGCCAGCAGGAGGACGAGGACAAUGAGGAAGAGUAAUUUGUGGUCCAGGGGCAGCAGUGACCAGCCUGGAAGGAACUUGGAAGCAGGCCACCCAGCAACCAGCACCACUCUGCAUGCUGGGCAGCAGCCCUGGGGCCAGGGUGUUUCUUCACAACAACUGAGAGCCGCUGGCCGGAACCCUGUGAUGGAGCUAGGGCAGGGUUUGUGGCUCCCAUCUUCCCUUCAGAGCACGGGUAAUGAGGUGCCUGGAGCUGGACCCAUGCUAUGCCAGAAUCACUGGAGAAGGGGCCAGACUGGUUCUUCACUGUUGACCACGCUCUGAGAGCCAGGACUAAAUGCAUAGCGGUUUUCCAAGGACUGUGGAUUGCAGGGCAGUUGGGAAGGGGACCUGGAGAGGCUGGAGCCCCAUCACCUGGACAGCAUCUUCCUCAGAGAGCAGAUUUAUUUAUAGUUUGGAAAUAAAUGGUUCACGGUCCACUGGCCACUCGCAUUGCCUGGCAGUGUGGGGACAAGAAGAGCCAUGGCCUCUCCCCUUUUUCCCUGCCUGGGGCCUCCCUCAGUGGCUGUUCUGAAACCCAGCCUCCUGCAUCUUUCAUCUUCUGUUUGAGCCCCAGUGCCCACUCCCUGGGGCACCACCACACCUGCAGGCAGAAAAUAAAUGAAUAUUUUCUGAGUA